UCAAGUGCAUACAAUUAAAUGCUUUUCAUUCUUGACUUUCUUGACUUGACUGCAACUUUAGGUUUAAUUUAAACGCUUUUCUCCUCAUCUUAUUUUGCAAAUAUGGCCAUCAGCGUUUGUAAUGUGGACUAUGACUGCGCCUCGUUGCCACUCAUUUCGACAAUAGGAUUUGAAGGUAAAAUUUCGAAUGGGCUCCACUGCGACCAGUCUGGCCAAUUCAUCGUUUACGCGAUUGGAGCAAAUGUGAUUAAGGCGGACACCAAAACAGGUCAGCAGACCUUCAUGAUAGGUCAUGGGAAUACUGUGACCUGUCUCGACAUGGAAAGAUGUGGCCGAUACAUUGCUAGUGGGGGGAUGAAUUACAUGGGUUUCAAGACGGAAGUGAUAAUAUGGGACUUUUAUUCUGGGUGCAAGUUGGGUCAGUACAAUCAUCACUUGACGAGAGUAAACGCCGUAAAGUUUUCUUUUGACGGGAGAUACUUGAUGAGCAUUGGAAACAUGGAUGAUGGAAACGUCUGUAUUUAUGACAUGGAACGAGGGAAAGUGAUUUGUGGAAUGCAAGCCAUCAAAGGACGAAACGGGAUCCCGAAAGUCAUUGCAUCUACGAACGCUAGGAAUGAUGUCUGGGUCGUUGGAGGUGACGAUUACAUGUCGUACUGGAUUUUGGACACCAAAGAGAAUCGAUUACGGACUGAACGAGCCAAUUUGAGAAUGGUCAAGCGCGACAUCUUAUCAAUUGUGAUUGAUGGUCAAGAUGAAUACGCAUAUUGUGGCACCUCCACUGGCGACAUUGUCAAAGUUCGUCUCAAUCUUCCCAGUGUGGAUGGAUUCAGUUGCGACAAGAUGGAUCGUCUCGGACCUCCCGCGUCCGGCCCCACCCUCGCCUGCUGUGUGGGGAGGAAACCUCUAAAAGGCGAAAAGGGGCGAAACAACCACUUGUACAAGGGGGGCGUCACUGCUCUGAAAAUUCUAGAGUCUGGCGACUUCAUCGUGGGCGCAGGAAAUGGGAAAGUGACGCAGGGAAAGUUGAUCAUCAUGUGCAGUGAAGGCAAACCGAAUGACAUGAUUUCAGAGUACGGACCCCAAAUGCGUGUCAGAGGUCAGGUCACGUCCAUCCUGCUCAGUUGCGAAGACGUCCUCGUGGGGUCGACGAUGAAUGAAAUUUAUUAUGCUCGGCUCGGCUGCUUGGAUGGUACCAAAAUGCUUCUUUCUGGCCACUACUCUGUGGUGAAUGACAUCACUUUCCCAGAUGGUUACUCUGGCGUGUUUGCCUCCUGCAAUUAUGAGGACGUCAGAAUUUGGAAUGCUGCCGCAAUGAGGGAGCUGGUUCGAAUAAACGUAUCAAACAUGACAUGUCACGCCAUCAUUUUCUCCCGGAAUGGAAAGUCCAUCAUUUCAGCGUGGAACGAUUCUCAUGUGAGAACAUACUCCGUCCAGACGGCAACGCCCUUGUGGGUCAUUCAUCAUGCUCAUCUCCGUGGCGUUACCGCGUUGGGCAUUUCAACCACGGAUAGAACUUUGGUCACUGGAGGUGAGGAAGGUCAAGUUCGUAUCUGGAGCAUCUGUCCCCAGCAGCUCACCCCCAUUGCAAUCAUGAAGGAACAUAUCGGACCCGUGACAGGACUUCGGAUGAAACGUGACGACACACAAGUCGCGACCAGCUCGGGUGACGGAUCAAUCAUCAUUUGGUGUUUGAAGAAAUUCUUGCGGAUCUCCCUGAUUCUACAAGACACGCUCUUUCUUGAUGUGGCUUGGCAUCCAUCCGACUGCCAAGUGCUAGGAGUCACUCACAAUCACAAACUCUGCUACUUUGAGGCCUUUGAUGGAGCCUCGAUUCGAGAAGUUAUAGCGUCUGAGACGGAUCCUAUCCAUUCGGUGGACGUUUCAACUGAUGGAUUGUACAUUGUUACUGGUGGAGGAGAUCGGCAGGUUAAGUUAUGGUCCUACAAUGAAGCCAAAUUACUCCGAAAAGGGGUCGUCCACAGUUCGGAAAUUACUCGAGUGCGUUUCUCCCCUCUGUCCGACUAUAUUUUGAGCUGCUGUCAGGACGGGUCGAUCUUCAAGUGGGAGUUUCCAAAGGAUUUGUGCUGCGUGAGUGUUUCCAUCAACCCAUGUCCAACAAAGUGUCACGCCAAGCUGGAACAACCACCAAUCACUGAUGGACGCGGAGCGCCUGGGCUACCAAUGUGCACUUGAAUAAUGUAGAAAACAAAAACUAUUUUCUUUU